AUGGCCACGGUGGGGACACCCAGCGCCCCUCGUCACACCAACCGCCUGAUUAACGAGAAGUCCCCGUACCUCCUGCAGCACGCCCACAACCCUGUGGAUUGGUUCCCUUGGGGUCAGGAAGCCUUUGAAAAAGCAAAGCAAGAAAACAAGCUGAUAUUCCUGUCAGUUGGCUACUCCACCUGCCACUGGUGCCAUGUGAUGGAGGAGGAGUCCUUCAAGAGCAAGGAGAUCGGGGAGAUCAUGAACAAGCACUUUGUGUGCAUCAAAGUAGAUCGUGAGGAGCGGCCAGAUGUGGACAAAGUGUACAUGACCUUCGUGCAGGCCACCAGCGGUAGAGGUGGCUGGCCCAUGAGCGUCUGGCUGACCCCAGACCUCAAGCCCUUUGCUGGGGGGACAUACUUCCCUCCUGAGGAUGGAGUUCAUCACGUUGGCUUCCGGACUGUGCUACUCCGGAUCGCAGAGCAGUGGGAGGAGAACAAAGAUGCCCUGUUGGAGAGCAGCCAGAGGAUCCUGGAAGCAUUGAGACACACAUCUGAGAUCCAUACACAAGGCCAGGGAUCACCCCCAUCAUCCAAAGAGGUGAUGGACACCUGUUUCCAGCAGCUCUCCAAAUCCUAUGAUGAGGAGUAUGGUGGCUUUUCCAAAUCCCCCAAGUUCCCCACCCCAGUGAAUUUGAAUUUCCUGUUCACAUACUGGGCCCUGCACCGAACAACUCCAGAGGGUGCCAAGGCACUGCAGAUGGCUCUGCAUACCCUCAAGAUGAUGGCCCAUGGAGGCAUUCAUGACCAUGUUGGUCAGGGGUUUCACCGCUACUCCACCGACCAGCACUGGCAUGUCCCUCACUUUGAGAAGAUGCUGUAUGACCAGGGGCAGCUGGCAGUUGUGUACAGCAGAGCGUUUCAGAUCUCUGGCGAUGAAUUCUUUGCUGAUGUCACUCGAGACAUUCUGCUCUAUGUCUCACGAGACCUGAGUGACCAGACAGGAGGUUUCUAUAGUGCAGAAGAUGCAGAUUCCUACCCAACCACCACAUCUGGAGAGAAGCGAGAAGGAGCUUUCUGUGUGUGGACAGCUGAGGAGAUCUCGGCUCUUCUCCCUGACCCUGUCGAGGGGGCCACAGAGGGCAUGACUCUGGGAGAUGUUUUCAUGCACCACUACGGAGUGGAAAAGACUGGAAACGUGGACCCCAUGAAGGACCCCCAUCAGGAGCUGAAGGGCAAGAAUGUCCUCAUUGCCCUCUCCGCAGCCCGGGCACAGCGCCCGCGCCCGCACCUCGACACCAAGAUGCUGGCAGCAUGGAAUGGGCUGAUGAUCUCGGGCUUUGCCCAGGCUGGGGCCAUCCUGGCGGAGCAGGAGUACGUGCACAGGGCUGCACAGGCAGCCUCAUUCCUCAGGACACACCUCUUCGACCCUGCCAGUGGGAGGCUGCUGCGGAGCUGCUACCGGGGCAAGGACAACUCGGUGGAGCAGAGUGCUGUGCCCAUCCAGGGCUUCCUGGAGGAUUAUGUCUUCGUCAUCCAGGCACUCUUCGACCUGUAUGAAGCCUCACUGGAGCAGGGCUGGCUGGAGUGGGCUCUGCAUCUCCAGCACAUGCAAGACAAGCUCUUCUGGGACCCCAAAGGCUUUGCGUAUUUCUCCAGCGAGGCUGGUGAUCCCUCCCUGCUCCUGCGCCUGAAGGAUGACCAAGAUGGAGCAGAGCCCACUGCCAACUCUGUCACUGUCACAAACCUGCUCCGAGCAGCUUGUUACUCUGGCCAUAUGGACUGGGUGGAAAAAGCUGGGAAGAUCUUGGCUGCCUACUCAGAGAGGCUGCAGAAGAUCCCGAUAAUCCUGCCAGAGAUGACCCGGGCCACUGCUAUCUUCCAUCACACCCUCAGACAGGUCGUUAUCUGUGGGGACCCCCAAGGAGAAGACACCAAAGAGAUGCUGCGCUGCAUCCACUCUGUCUUCAGCCCUAACAAGGUGCUGAUGCUUGCAGAUGGAGACAGCGCUGGGUUCCUCUACCGCCAGUUGCCUUUCUUUGCAUCCCUGGAGAGGAAGGAUGGGAAAGCCACUGCCUAUCUCUGCAGCAACUUCACCUGCUCCCUGCCUGUCACCUCUGUCCAGGAGCUGCGUGGGAUGCUCAGCCCAUGAGCCCCUCGGCCUUGCUCCCUGCAGGAAGGCAAGGGGAGACAGGCUGGCAUGGGACCAUGGGCUAGCCCUGUAAUAAAGCCAUCCUGAACACCAUCCCAGGUGGUUCCUGACAGUGCAGUGGAGCUGUGCCCUUCCCCACCUGCAGCAGGUCAGGGUUUGCUUGCACUGUCACUCCAGCAGCAUCUUGGCACAACCGACUGGUUCCUGGUGCUGGUUUUGACAUGGCCAGGAGACACCCACUGAGGAGCAUCUCCUCCCCCUGCAUGGGCACUUGCUCCUCGCCUCU